AAGAAAGGGUCCAUCAAAGUCAAUAAUGAUUUCCUUCCUGGUUUGCUUUUCACUAUUCCAAUAUCUCAAAACCCAAUACCAAUAAAUCCUCCCUCCCUUCACACCCAAAUUCCUCAUAAUUUUUUCACUUUGCUAAUAAUACUCCCCCCACUUUUUAAACCCCCCAUAAAAAAACACACCCUUUUGAAAGCAAAUGACACUCCAUAAAAGGACACUCCCAUUUCUCAACUCUUUUUAUCUCCAACAACUAGUGGCCACUGCCACACUAGUGGUGGUGGUGGUGGUGUUACUCCACCUUUCACCGCCUAUCGCCGCCACCCACACCACCACCAAUCACGUAACAUCCUACCCGAAUUUCCAACACUUAAACGUCCACAAAGAAAUUACAUCCCUUAAACUCACCCACACUCCACAUUCUCAUCCCCAUCAUCCUACCAAUUUAGACCCUGAUCAUGAUUAUCAUCAUAAUCAUCAUGAUAAUCAUCCUAUUCCCAAAUUUAAUGAACAAAAGACAAUUACAUUAUCCAAUAACAACAACAACAAUAAAAAGGCACUAAACUCUUCCUCAAGUACACCAACUUUAAACCUUAAGUUCAAUCUUAUCCACAGAGACAAGCUUACCAAUAAACUACCACAACCAGGCAGACGGCGGCGCAACCAUGAUCACCGCCACCGUUUCACGCUCCGAAUACAACGCGACAUAAAGCGAGUUUCCGGCCUCUUUCACCGCCUCUCAAACGCUAGUAGUGGUGGUGGUGUGGAUGAUUUCAAGGUGGUGGAGUCAUUCGGGUCGGAAGUGGUAUCGGGUAUGGAUCAAGGAAGUGGAGAGUACUUCAUUACAUUAGGAGUAGGGAGCCCCCCAAGGAAGCAAUAUGUGGUAAUUGACUCAGGAAGUGAUAUUGUUUGGGUCCAAUGCCAGCCUUGCAAACAAUGUUACAAACAAACCGACCCUGUUUUCAACCCGGCCCAAUCCGCUUCCUAUUCGGGUGUCUCAUGCUCGUCCUCGGUAUGCGACCGUCUACAAAACUCCGGGUGCAGCCACGCGGGUCGGUGCCGGUAUGAGGUCAUGUACAGUGAUGGGUCCUACACAAAGGGUAACCUAGCAUUUGAGACUCUAACCAUUGGUGGGACGGUUGUACGGAACGUUGCAAUGGGGUGUGGUCAUAGUAAUCAAGGCAUGUUUGUGGGUGCGGCGGGUUUGUUGGGGUUAGGUAGUGGGUCCAUGUCAUUUGUGGGCCAGCUUGGGGGUCAAACGGGUGGGGCUUUUAGUUACUGUUUAGUGAGCCGGGGGUCCGGAUCCACCGGGUCACUAGUGUUCGGACGGGAAGCUAUGCCGGUUGGGGCUGCUUGGAUCAACUUGGUCCGCAGCCCCCGGGCCCCAAGCUUCUACUAUAUAGGGCUCGCGGGACUCGGUGUAGGCGGGGUACGAGUCCCGCUCCCUAAUAACAUCUUCGGGCUCACCGGGUCAGGAGACGGGGGAGUGGUUAUGGACACGGGCACAGCCGUGACCCGACUCCCGACCUCCGCCUACCAAGCAUUCCGGGACUCGUUCCUGACCCAAACCGCCAACUUACCCCGAGCCCCGGGGGUGUCUAUAUUCGACACGUGUUAUAACCUGGCCGGGUUUGGGUCAGUUCGAGUCCCGACCGUAUCAUUCUAUUUUACGGACGGGCCAAUACUGACCCUCCCGGCCCGAAACUUCUUAAUCCCGAUAGACGAGGUGGGUACGUUCUGCUUCGCUUUCGCCCCUUCGCCGUCGGGACUGUCCAUCAUAGGAAACAUUCAACAAGAAGGGAUUCAGAUAUCAAUUGAUGGUGCCAACGGUUUUGUAGGAUUUGGCCCCAAUAUUUGCUGAAUGUUUAUGACAUUAUGAACAACCAGCAGACAGGCAGCAGCUGAUUAAACUACCAAAUUUUAUACUGUCAUUAUAUUACUGUAGUAAUAAUAGUAGUAGUAAUACUCGAUCCCCAUUUGUAAAGUGGCUUUUUUUUACCCUUUUUGAAUUUUGGCCUACAUAUUUCUCCUUUUUCUAGUCAAAAUUAUGAUUGUUUUCAUAAAUGUAAUUGAUAAAUUAAAAGCAUAUGUCGUGUAAUUUUAUGAUCA